AUGGGUACGCCGUCGAUCCCCUUUGCUCUUCAUCUCUUUUAUGUUUCUGUGAUCUCGAUUUUGACUCCUGGUUUCCUCUUUUGUUUUCGUUUGGUGGUUUUUGUUGCAACUAAGAUCAAGAUCGGCAUCAACGGUUUCGGAAGAAUUGGGAGGUUGGUCGCUAGAGUCGCGCUUCAGGGCGAUGAUGUGGAGCUCGUCGCCGUCAAUGAUCCGUUCAUCACAACCGACUACAUGACAUACAUGUUUAAAUAUGAUACCGUGCAUGGACAAUGGAAGCAUCAUGAGAUAAAAGUGAAGGAUUCCAAGACCCUUCUUUUUGGAGAGAACAAAGUUACUAAACCCUGA